GGCCGGGGUAAGCAGGGAACGCCUCCUGCCGCCGGGCCGCUGCGACGCACAGCCGCCGUCUGCCCGGCGUUCACUUUGCUCCGCAUUCACCCUCGAAGCAACAGCGUAACCCGCUGCUCCGGCACCAGCUGUUGCGAGGUGCGCGCCAGCAGCUGAGGACCUCUCUCCGGCGCCUCCUCCGGCUCCGCACAGCGAGGAGGACUCGAGCCGAACCUUACAAUGGACACCCCAACGAUGGAAGUCACCGCUCUCUUUCCCAACCAGUCGUCGGAGAGCUGCGGAGGGGAAAGCAGCACUGAGAACGUGAUCUUUGGUGUGUAUUACAUCCUGGUGUUUCUCUUGGCUUUGAAUGGAAACAGCCUUGCCUUGUGGAUCUUCUCGCGCCAGCGCGGGAUCUCAUCCCCGGCGAACGUUUUCCUGUUACACCUAGCUAUUGCCGACCUGUCCUAUAUCAUCAUCCUGCCGCUGCGAGCCACAUACCACCUGACAGGGGGUCACUGGCCUUUCGGGGAAGUGCCGUGCAGAGUGGCAGGGUUCCUCUUCUAUGUCAACAUGUAUGCCAGUAUAUACUUUCUGGCUUGCGUAGCUGGUGACCGGUACCUUGCUGUGGUCCAUGCCGUGAGGUCGCUGAAGGUCCGCCGUCCCCUCUACGCCCACAUCGCGAGUUUUUCGCUGUGGGCUUUGGUCACCGUGUCCAUGGCACCCCUGUUGGUCAGCCAGCAGACCUCGGAGGUGGACGGGAUGACAGUGUGCCGGCAGCUCUACCGUGAGAAGGCCUCCCGCAGCGCUCUUAUCUCCUUGGCCGUAGCCUUCACGCCCCCUUUCGUGGCCACCCUGUCCUUCUACCUCUUCAUCAUCCGCAGCCUUCGCAGAGGCACCCGGCUGGAGCCGGCGCUCAAGCUCAAGGCCCUCUGCACUAUUGGCCUGGUGCUCUUCAUCUACGUCGUGUGCUUCCUGCCGUACCACGCGAGCCGUGCCACCUACAUCUUGGCCUACAGCCACCCAGGCAUCUCCUGUCAGAGCAGGCGGCGCCUAAUGCUGGCCAACCGUCUCACUUCUUCGCUCACUUGCAUGAACGGCGCCCUGGAUCCGCUCGUCUACCUGUUUGGGGCGGAAAAGUUUCGGGGCAGCCUGAAGAAGCUCUUCUGCAGGGAUAAGGCGGGGGUCUCUGGCGCCACCAGCGGGGAACUGAAGGGAACACACGAGAGCUCUUUGAGCGCCAAGUCUGAGUUCUGAGCAGAAAUGCUAAAGCUCGUCCGCUCAGCAGUUUGCUUAUGCAGUUUUGCAGUCAUUGUCGAGUGUGUGUGUGUGUGUGUGUGUGUGUGUGUGUGUGUGUGCGUGCACGGCCUUCGGUAAAAGACGCUUGUGUUUACCUCGAGCUAUUGUGAUCAGUAAAACAAACGGACGCGAUUCUGUCUUGACGAUGCUAGGCAAAAGUUAUACUGGCGUUAUAUUGCAGCUUUGUAGCGACGCAUGUUAUUAUCCUUAUGUUUGUGGAAGUGGGGUGAUUCUCUAAGACGAGAGGCUUAGCAUUUUCUCCUAAUAAAAUACUUAGGAACGCUUUAGCUACUUUUUAUUUAUCUCACGU